AUGCCCAGAGUCAGGCCCUACUAUGCCGUCAAAUGUAAUCCAUUUCAGCCGCUACUUAAGCUAUUGAUAGCCAUGGGCUGCGGCUUUGACUGUGCCAGUCAGCAUGAAAUCGAAACCGUACUGACCAUUGGUGCCGAUCCCGGCUCUAUAGUCUAUGCCAAUCCAAAUAAAACUGAAUCAUCGAUAGUCUACUCCAGGAAAAUGGGUAUAUCAUUGGUUACGGUUGAUGGCGAGGAAGAGCUAUUCAAAUUGGAACGUCUACAUCCCGGUGCUCGGCUACUGUUACGGCUGAAAGUAGACGAAACCGGAUCCUACUAUAAGUUGGGCGACAAAUUUGGCGCUACUCUACCCGAGUGUAGACAAUUGCUUGAACUGUGCCGACAACUGGACUUACGUCCAGUGGGCGUAGCCUUUCAUGUCGGCGCCUUUUGCCAGUCGGCACUCACCUACCGGCGGGCCAUCGAAAUGGCCCGUCAAGUGUUCGACAUCAGCCAGCAAAUGGGUUUCCCCCGUAUGACUGUACUGGAUCUGGGCGGCGGUUUUCCCGGCACUGAUCGUUGUUAUUUUGACCAAUUGGUCACGGAAGUGGCCACUUUCGAUACGAUUGCCCUGGCUAUUAACCAGGCACUGGACCUACAUUUUCCAGCACCCGAACCUAGUAGUAGUAGAGGUAGUAGUAGUAGUAUACAGAUAAUUGCCGAACCGGGUACCUACUAUGCUGCAGCAGCUUUCACAUUGUUAACACGUAUAAUAUCCAAACGUGUUGUAGUCAACAAAACUACUGGUGGCACCAACAUCACCACCACCACCACUACCACCGAUACCAACCAUAACCUACCUGACCCUCAACAGCAUGUAAUGUACUAUCUGAACGACGGUAUAUUCGGCAGUUUUACUGUAGCCAAAAUGAUUGGCAAACAAAUCAGGCCCGUACCGGUGCUUAUCGGUGCUAGUAGUAGUAGUAGUAGUAGCGGAGCAGCACCGGUAGAUGAUAGUUGCACAGUCAAACAAUGGUAUACUAGUACACUGUGGGGACCAACCUGUACCAGUUUGGAUUGUAUUGCCAGAGAUAUAGUGAUGCCUGAGCUGCAAAUUGGCGAUCAUAUUGUUUUUGAAGAUAUGGGCGCCUAUACGCAUAGCUACUGCCCAUUAUGCGGAUAA